UAUAAAAAGCUCUAUAGAGCCAACUAACCAAUUAUCAUUCAAUUUCUAACAUCCACUUUAUAUUUUUCCAAAUUUUCAACAUAUGGCUGAAUCAACAACAGAUCAAAUCAUCAAAGAAAUUCCGGGCUUCAUUCGAGUCUACAAAGAUGGCCGGUUCCUAAAACUUACCGGCACUGAUGUCGUUGCACCUGGCCUUGAUCUUUCUACUAACGUCCAAUCUAAAGACGUUGUUGUCUCACAUGAUACACCUCUUUCCGUUAGGCUUUACGUUCCCAUGAACGCAAAUCCUAACGUAAAGAAACUACCCCUUUUAAUCUACUACCAUGGAGGUGGUUUCGUUGUAGAAACCGCCUCCUCACCAACAUACCAAAAUUUCCUAAAUCUAGUAGCAUCCGAAUCCAACGUUGUCAUAGUUUCCGUGGACUACAGAACAGCCCCACAGUAUCCUGUCCCUGCGUGUUUCCAAGAUUCUUGGGACGCGAUCAUGUGGGCCAUGCAACAUGUUGAUGGAAAUGGACCCGAGUCAUGGCUUAACGAGUACGCGGAUUUUGGGAAUGUAUUUAUGGCGGGAGAUAGCGCGGGUGCAAAUAUCAUCCACCACAUGGCAAUUCGGAUCGGGUCAGAGGAACCGGAUCGGGUUGUAAAUCUUCGGGGUAUUAUGUUGCUUAAUCCUUUUUUCUGGGGAAAGGAUCGGAUGAAAUCAGAGGAAGAGCACCCAUGGCAGAGUGUACUUGGUGAUCUAUGGAUGCUUGCCCACCCGGAAACAAGUGGAUUCGAUGACCCGCUUAUUAACCCGGAUAAGGAUCCGAAAGUGUCGGAUCUUAAAUGCCCGAGGGUAUUAGUUUGUGUGGCAGGAAUCGAUAUAUUGAAAGAUAGGGGGUUGUAUUAUAAGGAUAUUUUGGCUAAGAAUGGAUGGAUUGGAGAAAUUGAGGUUGUUGAGCACAAAGGUGAGGACCAUUUGUUUUUCUUGUUUAAACCAACUAGUGAAAAUGCUAUUAAUUUGCGCAAGAGGAUUUCUACCUUCAUCAAUCAUGCAAAUGGUAAUUAGCCUCAAUAAUCUUCACGUAGGGCCAUAAAUCUCCGUCUCCUUUUACUUUAAUCAAAGUAUAUAUAGUACAAUAAUGUGAUAGUAUUUGGACUUGAGAGUUGAGAGAGUGUUGUUAUUCAUUACUUUUCGUUUGUGUGGAAAUUAUAAUGUUUGUUACUCA